AUGAAAACAAAAUUUUCACAAGACAUGUUUGGCCGACUUCCCGAAGAGCUUCAGCUCCAGAUAAUCAAGCUCUCGCCGGACCUUUCGUCGCUAUGGAGCCUCGCCCAGGCUUCGUCCACCGUGGGCGGAGUGCUAGACAGAUCUCCGCUUGAGAUUGUGGAGGCAGUUCUAGAACUAACUGUUCCUCUGCAGACUCGCCGCCUGAUGCGCGCUGUUCUCCGGGGUCGAGCCUUAUGCUUUCCAGCAUCCUUAUCCGAGGCUCGAAGGAUAGCCACUAUUGACUCGACUGCUGCAACUGACGGAACUCCACCACUUGACUCGGAUCAAGUCCGCGUGGUGCGCUCCUUCCUUGCCACCGCCGAAAAUAUUCAUGCAUGGUCUCAUGCCUGCCUUGAUCAUCUAAUUAAAAGAUCUAUGGAGCUUCGGCCCUCCACCCUCGUCCGUCUUGGGACCGGCCAAAGUUGCCAGGAAACAUUCCAGAGGGCCGAAAGCCAUGAUGAUCACCUUCCGCGCCACACCGGUCCACCUUCAUGGGUGGAGGAGCAGCGGAUGACGAAGGCCUUCUGGCGAUUACAGUUCUUCAUUGAACUUCAGAGGGCCGGCGAAAGCGGUCAUCUAGGCGCACACUGGCCUGGGCAGGAUGUCGACAUGCUGUUGACGAGCACUUUGGGGGAGUUUUACGAGGUAUUCGACUUUGAGCGGCAGCAGAUCUUAACCGCCUAUGACUUUUUUCUCACAAUCACCUCCCGGCCUGGUACCAUGCAGAUCAGUCUUCGAGACAAUGCUCAUGGACUGCCGACAAUACUUCAGACUGAGGGGACAAUUUCAAAUCUCAUGGGCCCAUGUGCUGAGCAGCCCUCUUUCGGAUUUGGGGAGGACACCUUCCAUCAGGGACCAGAGCACCUCGACACUACACCUAUGUCUUAUCAUUUUCAAGACAUAAUGUCCGGCCAUGACCCUAAGGGAUCGCCUCUGAUGGGAAUUCCCUUCGAACCUUAUCGAAAGUUUGGAUUUGCAAUCUGGGAUAACAAGCGUAUGAUCGACCUGGGUUUGCGAGACCCGAAGUCAAAAUCAAUCUUCAAAAACCGCACAUUCUACUACUUCAGAUGGCGCAGUAUCCUGACUGAAGAAGAACUUGCACUAGGACAGUCACAAUGA